CGGAAUGUGGGACAUUCCAUAAGACAAUGGGCCUGGAUUGUUAAAAAAGUGUCAAUGUCAUAAAAAGCCAAACAGCUAAAAAUGACAAUAUCUCUAUAUCUCUAUCUUUAAAAGACAUAACCAAAGGCAAUACGUGAACAUUUAUUAGGUCCUUGAUCAGAAAACAAAAAGUCAUAUUUGAUGAAAUAUAAAGAUAUUUUGGGGACAGUGGGAUUAAAACUUAUGGGAUAUCAAUGGCCUAGCCAAAAAUGUAUAUAGCAAGAGACAAAAAGCAGAAGUGGAAAAAUAUUAGGAGUUAGUAAAUCUGGAUGAAGAAUGAGUGGAUAUUUAUUUCACGGUACUAUCCUUGCAGCUUUUCAAUAGAUUAAAAAUGUUUUCAAGAUAACAAGUUGGGGAAAAAGAGAAAAGGAAGGGACUAAAAGACAAUUUAAUUUCCUAAUUGUAUUCUUAGGCUACUGUUAAGUAAAUGAAUAGCUGAGUGGGAUAGCAGAACUUUUAUAUUUAGGAGUGAAACCAGCUAAUAAUAGUGAACCAUAUGUACUCCACUGUGAGAGUUACUGAAUCAAAUGCUGUUUUGUUGCCCAUUAGAGGGGCUUCUCAUAUGUUAUACUUCCAAAGAAAAUAAAAUCUGGAGGAGAUAGGCUAGGUGUGUAUCAAAGGAAUGUAAGUUUCCACUGUGGUUAAAUUUGGAAAUACUUCACAAAUCCUAACUUUUCAUUAGCACAAGCCUGUUUAAAAUAUCUGCUAUUCAAGGUAUCUAAAAAAGCAAUUUCAUUGAUGUAAUUUCUCUAGGUAAAACACACACACACACUCUGUAUAUUUGCCUGGUUAUGGCUAAAUUGAUCUGGUUGAUAGAGAGGGAGAGAUAAAUAUAUUGGUGUAAAAGGACAAAUGAGAGAUAAGACUAUGUAUUUAUUGCCCAUUUAUGUAAUUACAUGUGUCACUAAGGACAAAGGUCCUUAAAACAAAGACGAAAGGCAGAGUAGAAACAGUUCCCUUCAGUAAGAUAGAUGGAUUUGUUACCACUUCCCUCACCAUGAAUUUUUUUUUUUUUUCUGUAUGGUCACAUAUCCUGGUUUUAUAAUCAUUUUGAGAAACUAACCAUCUUUCCGGACACAUUUGUUGGCAGAAGAUAGGCUUCGCUCCAGUAAAAAGAAAAUGAAGAUUUUUCGAGAGCAUUCGUAGGCUUCAAGUUGAGAGGACAGCCCUUACUUCCUGAGCUUUGAGAACCCUUGUUUUGGGAGGAAGUAUCUCCAUAGGACUCCAUAGGACUCCAGCACCAUGGAUGUGUUAGGGGAAAAGGAGGCCCUGCAGCAGUUCUUUGAAGCUCAGGGGCCCAGUGACACUCUGGAGAACCCAGUGCUGGAUACAAGUCUGCUGGAGGAAUUCUUGGGCAAUGAUUUUGAUCUGGGGAUCUUGCAGCAGCAGCUCCCCGAUACUCCACCCUAUUCGGCCUCAGACUCCUGUUCUCCUCCACAGAUGCAAGGUGCUUGCUGCCCGGCCAUGAGACCCGGAGCCGCAGUCGGGAGGCCUCCAGCUACUUCUCUCCACUCUGCAGCUGCUGCGGGGAUGCUCCCUGCACACCUGCCGCAGAGCUCCUGUGAAAUGAGCAGCUCUGCCCACAGCCUCGGCAGCUCUCGCCACUGCUACCCCAACACCAGUCAUCUUCCAACCCCCCCGGACCGAUGCAUGUCCUCCCAUCCGGAGAUAAGCCGUCCUUACCAUCAGCAGCCUCUGUGCCACAGCCCUGGAGCCUCAUUGCCACCAACCAAGAAGAGAAAAUGCACACAGGCGCUGGAGGACUCCGGGGACUGUCACGUGUGGGCCCACCACUCCAGACCAAUGACAAGUAGGAGUUCCAGCAGUGAAGUGCUGUUCUACGACAGUGAGGGACAGAACAUGACACCUGUGGACCAGGGUUCUCCUUCUCUGAAGUGGCAGCCAUACCAGAGUGUGCCUUGGCACAGUUUAUUCACUGGUCAUUAUGAGAAACUACCUGAUAUAGGCUAUCGAGUUGUCACAGACAAAGGAUUUAAUUUUUCACCAGCAGAUGAAGCUUUUGUUUGCCAAAAGAAGAACCAUUUUCAGAUAACCAUCCACAUCCAAGUUUGGGGAAGUCCAAAAUUUGUCAAAACUCAAAUGGGCCUCAAGCCAAUAGAAAUGUUUUACUUGAAAGCUUUUGGGGUUAAGGUAGAAGCCACCAAUCAAAUAAUCGCUAUUGAACAAUCCCAAGCAGAUAGAAGCAAAAAGAUUUUCAAUCCUGUUAAAAUCGACCUGCCGGCCGACCAGGUCACCAAAGUUACGCUGGGUCGGUUACACUUUAGUGAGACGACAGCGAAUAACAUGAGGAAGAAGGGAAAACCAAAUCCUGACCAGAGAUACUUCAUGCUGGUGGUUGGGCUGUAUGCUGUGCACCAAGACCAGUUCUACCUACUGUCUGCCCACAUCUCUGAACGGAUCAUUGUAAGGGCCUCUAACCCAGGGCAGUUUGAAAAUGACAGUGAUGUAUUAUGGCAGCGAGGACAAGUUCCAGAAUCUGUCAUUUGUCAUAGUCGAGUGGGAAUAAAUACAGACGCCCCAGAUGAAGCCCUGGUCGUCUGCGGCAACAUGAAGGUGAUGGGGACGAUUAUGCAUCCCUCUGACAGCCGCGCGAAGCAGAACAUCCAGGAGGUUGACACUAAUGAACAGCUAAGACGAAUAGCCCAAAUGAGGGUCGUGGAAUACGACUACAGACCUGAAUUCGCGUCCUCCAUGGGGAUAAAUGCCACCCAUCAAACAGGGAUGAUUGCUCAGGAGGUCCGAGAAAUCCUGCCUCGGGCCGUCAGAGAGGUUGGUGAUGUCACCUGUGAAAAUGGAGAGACGCUGCGGAACUUCCUCAUGGUCGAUAAGGACCAGAUCUUUAUGGAAAAUGUGGGUGCAGUGAAGCAGCUCUGCAAACUAACCCACAACCUUGAAGAAAGGAUAGAGGAGUUAGAAAUCUGGAACAGAAAGCUGGCCCGGCUGAAGCGGCUCAGUAGUUGCAAGUCCUCAGCCAGCGAAGCAAGCUCCAUCAGCAAAUUUAGCAGAGCUCUUAGUGCGUCUUCUCCAAGAAGGUCCAUUCCCAAAAAAACCAACAAGGUUUAUUUUUCAGGAAAAAAACAGCUGUGUCCUAACUGGGUUUUCCAGACCUUGGUUAUAACACUCAUUGCCGUGAUGGCAUUUUGUGCCUUGACGAUAGUCUCUCUUUACAUACUUAGCUUAAAAGAUCAGAACCAGCGUGCCCCAAAUCUUCCUCUGAGCAAUAUCACCAGCUCUCAGGAGCCUGCCCUGCCGCCCACAGCCUCCCCGUCAACACCGAAUACAUCCCUGGCAACCACACAGUCCUCUUUCCCAGUACCAGAAAUCACUUUCUGUGAGAUCCUGCCCUGUCAGGAGACUUACUGCUGCCCCAUCUGGGGAAAGAGAGGAGUCCCCUCCGGUCCUGUGCGAAGGCUGUCUCAGGAGGAGGAAACCCAUCAGAGGCCAUGGGCAGAAGACAGAAGCUUGUCCUUCCUGGCAAGAGAUGCGCUAACCAGCCCUGACUGGGGGAGUGACUGGAUUGAUACAACCAUCAGUUCUAUUCAGAUCAUGGAAAUCCAGCAAGUAAUAGAUCAUCGGUAUUGUGGCCGAGGCCUCCAGUGCAGCGCUGGAAAUUACAAUUACAAUAUUCCUGUUAAUAAGCACACACCUACCAAUGUCAAAUUCUCUCUGGAAAUCAACACAACAGAACCAUUGAUAGUCUUCCAGUGCAAGUUCACCCUUGGAAAUAUAUGUUUCCAUGGGACAAGGGGAGCCAAGAGGACACAGAGCCGCCAAGAAGUCUCCCAAGAGAUGACACAGGGCUAUCAGCACAUUUGGACCCUCCCUGUAGCCCCAUUCUUUGACAGCACGUACCAUUUCCGGGUAGCUGCGCCGGAUUUAGCGGACUGUUCAACGGAUCCUUAUUUUGCUGGGAUAUUCUUCACAGAUUACUUCUUUUACUUCUAUCGGCACUGCGUCUAAUUUAUUCGAAUUUGGUUGAGGACUUUGCCAAAGAAAAGUGCUCAGAAGUACGGUCAACGGAAACAUAGCCUCUGCAAUUUCUUUCUUCUCUUUGUAAAACAUUCACAUUUAUUGCCACAGGACUUGUUCAGGCUUUGGCUUGAACAGUUUUGAGCCAUUAAUGAGGAGAAUAAAGGGUUUGCUGCAA